AUGGAGUGCCAGGACGCCGCUGUGUCCUCCCUGAGCUGGGCUCUGAUCGUCGGGGGCUCUGCGUACCUUGUGCAUCAGACCCGGAGCCACACGCAGUACGGCCGCUACGUGGCCGCGGAGGGUCUCUGCUGCCCGGCCAGACUCGGCUGGUUCCUGCAGGAAGUCCCGGCCCUCCUGCUGCCGCUGCUGCUGCUGCUGCAGCCCGACGAGCCGCAGAGCAGCCGAGACAGAACCCGGAGGAUCCUGCCGCUGUGCACCUUCAUGCUGCACUACUUCCACAGGAGUUUCAUCUACAGCUUCCUGACCCGAGGACGUCCCGUCCCGCUGCCAAUCGUCCUCUACUCCGCAAUCUUCUGCUCGCUCAACGGCUUCCUGCAGGGACACCACCUGCUGCACUGCGCUCGCUUUGAAGACAGCCGGCUGACGGACGCUCGCACGGCUGCAGGUUUUCUUCUGUUCCUGGUCGGUAUGACCAUCAACAUCCACAGCGAUCACAUCCUGCGCGGCCUCAGAAGACCUGGAGAGACGGUGUACAGGAUCCCUUAUGGGGGAAUGUUUGAGUUCGUGUCUGGCGCCAACUUCUUCGGAGAGAUCGUGGAGUGGUGUGGUUACGCUGUGGCCGCGUGGACUUUACCCGCCUUCGCCUUCGCUUUCUUCACCGCGUGCUCCAUCGGGCCCAGAGCCUACCAGCACCACAGAGACUACCAGCAGAGGUUUGAGGAUUACCCUCGCUGCAGGAAAGCUCUCCUUCCUCUCAUACUGUGACGACCGUCUGCAGCUGCUCUUUAUUAUUAUUAUUAUUAUUAAUAAACUGUACUGUGUAAUAGCAAUUUAAAUGUCUACUGUUUAAAUAAUGUACAAGUUCCCUUAUCAAGCCAGGGUCAAAUGCCUUUUCUUGUCUUAAUGGGGAGGCUUUGUAAGACAGGACGCAGACGGUCCUCUCUUUAGAUUUACAUACUGAUUAACUCUCUGAGAAAGAAUCUUGGGUGUGACAUUUGUUUUAGUGUUUACAUAACUGUUAUCAAGGAGACGGUCAGGAUGCUAUGUUGCUCCAAGAAACAAAUGUCUAUGCAUAUAUACCCAAAGCUAAAAGGUUUGAGUUUCCCAGGACUGGGUUCAUCAGAUUGGGGGGAACGACCUUACAAACAUCAAAAGGAACUCAUCUAACAGAGAUCAUCUUUGGUUUGUUGCUUGUUUACAGUAAAUAACAGAUGUGCUGAUCAAUCACCUGUUGACUGAUGUUUUAUUGUUCUAUAGCUCAUCAGCAGUUUGUCCCAUGCUGUGUUUAUCACUCAGUCACUAGAGUCAAGGGACCAAGUGUGUAUAAAAUGUCUGUGUGUCCUCAUUCAAUCUGCGCCCUCCUGCAGACUACACUGUGCUCUGUAGAACUGGUGCCUUUGAGAUCUCAAAUAAAUGCAGAAAGACAA